AUGGAUGUAGAUGUAGAUGUACAUGUUGAUGCUGAUGGUAGUAGAGGAGCCCCUCCAAUGUCUGGCAUCAGAGAUGCAAGAGACAAUGUCCAGAUCCAUAAGACUGAUGGACAACAACUGAAGAAUCAGGAAUGCCAGGUAUCCACCAACUGUGAUGUCAUUUUGGAACCAGAGAACUUCUGCUUUUGUCAGUCCUUGGAGUGCAUGAUGAGAGCUCUCCCUGCUGGUGUGGCAGAUCCAGAGGUGGAGCUUGCCCCAGAGAUAUAUCUCACUGAAGACAAGUACUUGGCUGUACUUCAAGAUGCUGCACUGGGAAUCAUCAUGCAUAUGGACAACUAUGAUCAACUCCACUUCCAGCAUGAUGAAGCUCCUGUGAAUUAUGCAUUAUCAUAUGAAGUCUAUGGAAGUAAACCACUAGCUCUUGAAGAGCUGAAUGGUUACAUUAAGGAUACCUUCCACAAUCUGGACGACAAACAUAUGCAUGUUUGUCAAGAGUUCCAGGCAAAUCUGAUCGGUAUAUUAUCGAAGAAAGGCAACAGUUUAUAUACAGGUGCGCUGAAAGCGAAGUUCUCACAUGUUCCAUGUUUUGCAGAAAUGCGUGGUGUAUCCUGCCUGUUUGUCGUCCUUUCGGCCGUCCUCUGCGGCAGCGCUGAAAAGGAAUCCACGGUGGGCGACGAGAAGAACGUCACCGUCGUCCAGGACACAGCGGUCAGCGGUGACGAAGUCACGGUCAUCGAGCGAGGUCUGAUAGGCGGAGGCCACGACGAUGAGGACGUGCACCUGGACGCGCCCGGCCUUCUUACGAAGUAUGGGUAUCCGGUCGAAACAUAUGAAGUGACGACUGAAGAUGGCUACGUACUGACAAUGUUCAGGAUUCCCUAUGGCAAAAAAUCGCCUUUGAAGGAAGGAGAACGGAGACCAGCAGUCCUUCUCCAGCACGGUCUCAUGAACAGCGCCGACGACUGGUUAAUCAUUGGUCCAGACAGGGCUCUCGGGUUCAUUUUGGCUGAUGCUGGAUAUGACGUUUGGCUGGGAAACAUUCGUGGAAAUUGGUACUCACAAAAACAUCAGGAUUACUCUCCAAAAAAAGAUAAAUUCUGGAAAUUCAGCUGGCACGAGCAUGGUAUUUAUGACAUGCCGGCACAAAUAGACCACGUUUUAAACGCCACUGGCCACAAGCAAAUAUUUUAUAUUGGACAUUCCAUGGGAACGACCAUGUUCUACGUCGGAAUGUCUUUGAAGCAUGACUACAACGAAAAAAUUCGGGCAAUGUUCAGCCUGGCACCAAUUGCUUUCAUGAACCACAUGAAGAGCCCGCUGUUCAGAAUUUUAGCACCUUUAACAUCGGUUGUCCAGACGAUCCUGAAACUAAUUGGAGCAACGAGGUUUGCUCCUAGCCCAGAGUUAAUAAAACGUAUCCAACCGAAAGUCUGUCAGAGCAACGUUAUCACAGAGAGAAUAUGUAGAAAUAUAGUAUUUCUCAUCUGUGGCUUCGAUAAUGAUCAAGUUAUUGACGAAAAAUUUGGGGCAAUUUCAGCACAUAUUCCUGCUGGAUCUUCUAUUAGGCAAUUCAUACAUUAUGCACAAGGCAUAGCUAAAGGUCACUUUAGGCAAUACAAUUACGGCAUCUUAAAAAAUUUCAAGCGUUACGGAAAGGCUACACCGCCUGACUACAACCUUGCAAACGUCACUGCACCGGUCUAUCUUUUCUACGGGCCUAACGACUGGCUCGCUGGACCCACGGACAUCGAUCGUUUGCACAAUCAACUUGGAAAUUCAAAAGAAAAGAACAAGAUUGAAUUUCCGAAAUUUAACCACUUGGAUUUUAUAUAUGGCAGAGACGCGUAUGAUUUUGUGUACAAACCAGUGUUGGACUUAAUGAACAGUUAUGAAAAAGGAACAAUAUGAUUGGAGAAGGUAAACUUGUAUACAGUUAAGAGUGGAGCGAGAGAAAAUUAAUGAUAGCCCCUUCAGGAAAAAUGGUACUCAACUACUUAAAUGUAUCACAAUUACUCUGUGCACUGUCAGUGGUAAAUAAACAGUCUGUAACUAUGU